UUGCUCCAUUUGGCUUAUCGAUUUUCAUUGUGUUCUUUCGUGUAUUUGCGAAAGUGUGGAUUGAAAUUUUUCUAAUCUGACGGCAGCCAGUUCAAAGAAAAAGUUUCAAUUAAUUUGCAAGCAAAUUUCGUUUUAAAUAUCAUUUACGACGUGCUAAAAAUUGUGCAAGUAAAAAGGAGAAUAUAAAGUGUUUUGAAAAAUACUUGAGUAAAGCGGAAAUUUCAGCAAUUUGCUGUGCAGUCUAAGCAAUGUAACUAAGCAAAUUGGAAACUUGGUUUUCACAUUCAAAUUGUGCUACAUACAGAGUGAAAAUUUAUUUGAAGAAAACAAAGAACGUAGCAUCAGCGCAGUUUUAAGCUGAAAUAGCAAAAGUGUAUUCGUUUAAUUUAACUAAUUUCGCAAUGGACGACGCCUCGCAAAGUUCUGCAACUACGCCGAUGGCGGCUCGAGAGAACAUUCCGCUAAUAAAUCGACCCAGACGACGUUGGUAUUUAUUCAGCUGCUGGCGCAAAUGGUUUGCACCACGCGAAUUACGUGCGCGCACCGUGCAUUUGGGCCGUGCAACCACGGAAAAAUUCCCACCGAACGAGAUACGAAAUCAAAAAUACAAUGUGAUCACGUUCCUGCCGCUCGUCCUGUUCGAGCAGUUUCGUUUCUUUUUAAAUCUGUAUUUCUUGCUCAUGGCAUUGUCACAAUUCAUACCCGACAUACGCAUUGGCUACCCAUACACCUACUGGGGACCACUCAGUUUCGUGCUGAUGGUGACAAUCGGUCGUGAAGCGGUCGACGAUUUGCGACGACACCAACGUGAUCAUGAGGUGAAUUCGCAAAAAUACAAGAGGCUAACUGUAAAUGAGACACCAGGUUAUGAGAUGGUGCCCUCAUCAAAAUUGAAAGUAGGAGAUAUGAUAAUUGUAGAGAAGAACGAGCGAGUGCCAGCGGAUUUAGUACUGCUGCGCACCAGCGACAAGAGUGGUUCUGUCUUUGUGCGCACCGAUCAAUUGGAUGGUGAAACUGAUUGGAAAUUGCGCCUGGCAGUGCCGCUUACUCAGAAGUUGAACAAGGAUUCAGAUUUAUUCCAUAUUGACGCAAGCGUUUACAUUGAAAAGCCACAAAAUGAUAUACACUCAUUCAUCGGCACAUUCUCGAUGCAGGAUGGAGGCGAGGAAACUGGCCUUAAUGUGGAGAAUACGCUGUGGGCGAAUACUGUCGUCGCUGCUGGCACAGCUACCGGCAUUGUGAUCUAUACUGGCUGUGAAACGCGCAGCGUUAUGAAUAACUCGCAGCCGCGUUCGAAGGUUGGACUGCUCGAUGUGGAGAUUAACGGUCUAACUAAGGUGCUGUUCUGUGCCGUUCUCGGCCUCUCGCUCGUCAUGAUGAUGCUCAAAGGUUUCAGUGGCCCUUGGUAUCGCUAUAUGUUCCGCUUUGUGCUACUCUUCUCCUACAUUAUACCCAUAAGUUUACGUGUUAAUUUGGACAUGGGCAAAGCAUUCUAUUCAUGGCAAAUGCAAAAUGAUCCUGAAAUUCAAGGCACCGUAGUGCGUUCGACAACCAUACCCGAAGAGCUGGGUCGUAUAUCGUAUGUGCUCACUGACAAGACGGGCACGCUGACACAAAAUGAAAUGGUCUUCAAGAAGAUACAUUUAGGCAUAGUUUCACAUGACAAUGACACAUUUCAUCAUAUCGGUCAGAUAAUACAAACACUAGCGCCUACGAUACUGGCACAAAGUGCACCAGGAAAUGGCGCCGGUGUUGGCGGUGGUAAUAGCGGCGGAACUGGCGACCCGCAGACGCCUUUAGUUAUAACAACAAAACCGAUGUACUCGGGUAAUCGAAUGCGGCACCCGGAGGGUUGGCGCGAAUGGGAGGCAGUAAAGGCGUUGGCAUUGUGCCACAAUGUGACCCCAAUCACCGACGAGGAUGACAACAAAUCUGUGUCCACAUCGUCGACAUACACAUCAUCGGCAGGUGGUUCUACUUCGCCCACAAAAUCUGUGAUAAAUGUAGAAUCGAGCGCUACAGAGCACCAGUAUCAAGCGUCCUCGCCAGAUGAGAUUGCGCUGGUUAAGUGGACGGCUGAGGUGGGUUUGACGUUGAUUGGGCGCGAUAUUAACUCCAUGACACUGCAAAUGAAAACGAGAAAGUCCAAGGGUGAACCACAAGAUGGCCUACUGCAAUACCAAAUUCUUCAGGUAUUCCCCUUCACCAGCGAAAGCAAACGCAUGGGUAUUAUUGUUCGCGCUUCCGGCUCCGGUGAAAUUACAUUCUAUCUCAAAGGUGCCGACGUGGUCAUGUCCUCCAUUGUGCAGUACAACGACUGGCUGAGCGAAGAGUCUGGCAAUAUGGCGCGUGAGGGACUGCGGACUUUGGUUGUGGCCAAGAAAGUGCUCUCCGAAGAGCAAUAUAAUGACUUCGAAACUCGCAUUACCGCCGCACGCCUCAGCGUAAGUGAUCGCGUAGCCAAAGUGGCCGCCGUGAUUGAGUCUUUGGAGCGCGAGAUGGAGUUACUCUGCUUAACGGGCGUUGAGGACCGGCUGCAGGAAGGCGUGCGUCCAACACUCGAACUGCUACGUAACGCUGGCGUGCGCGUAUGGAUGUUGACGGGUGACAAGCUCGAGACCGCCUGCUGUAUUGCAAAAUCCUCACAGCUAAUCGGUCGCAAUCAAGGCCUACAUGUGCUGCGCUCGGUGACGACACGCACAGAGGCGCAUGUGGAGCUAAAUAACUUCCGUCGCAAACAGGGUCACGCACUGGUUAUUUCGGGUGAAUCUCUUGAGGUGUGUCUACAAUACUAUAGACCAGAAUUCCUCGAGCUUGCCACCGCUAGUCCGGCAGUGGUGUGUUGUCGUUGCAGUCCAACGCAGAAGGCCCAAGUGGUACAGCUGAUACAACAUCACACGGGCAAGCGUACGUGCGCAGUUGGCGAUGGCGGUAACGAUGUAAGCAUGAUACAACAGGCCGAUGCUGGUGUAGGUAUUGAAGGCCGUGAGGGGCGGCAAGCUUCACUCGCUGGCGAUUUUAGCAUACCACAAUUUUCACAUAUUGCCAAACUAUUGCUGGUGCAUGGACGGCGUUCGUACAAGCGUUCGGCGGCGCUCUCACAAUUUGUCAUACAUCGCGGUCUAAUCAUAACUACACUACAAGCUGUAUUCUCCGCUGUCUUCUAUCUCAGCUCAGUGGCGUUGUAUCAAGGUUUUCUCAUGGUUGGCUAUUCGACGCUAUACACAAUGUUUCCCGUAUUCUCGCUGGUGCUUGAUCAGGAUAUAACUUCGACUACAGCAGUAACCUAUCCGGAAUUGUACAAAGAUCUAUCGAAAGGACGUAGUUUGAGCUACAAAACCUUCUUCAUCUGGGUGCUAAUCAGUAUAUAUCAGGGCGGUGUGAUAAUGUAUGGCGCGCUUAUACUGUUCGAAGAUGAAUUCAUACAUAUUGUGGCGAUUAGCUUCUCGGCGCUCAUUAUGACUGAGUUGAUAAUGGUGGCGUUGACGGUGCGCACAUGGCAUCGUCUCAUGGUGUUAGCUGAGCUCUUCAGCUUGGCCCUCUACUUGAUAUCGUUGGCUGUGUUGCACGAAUAUUUUGAUUGGGAGUUCAUCUGGUCGUACGAUUUCCUCUGGAAGGUCUCCAUCAUCACGCUUGUUUCUUGUUUACCAUUGUAUAUUAUAAAGUUCUUACGCAAGAAGUGCUCACCGCCAUCAUAUUUGAAACUUUCAUAAAUCGUUGAGCACCAACAGACUCCCUUUUUCAUACUUUUCCCCAAGUAAAUAUUUUUGUUCAGAGUUUUCUUUUUUUGUUAUGUACCAAUAAGUAAGCUAAGCGUUAAGUUGACACGUUUGCCUUUUAGGUUUUAGCGAUAUUUUAUAUACCAUAAAUAUUAUUAAAUGCAUUUGAAGAGUUAAAAUAUUAUUUAAGGAAAACAAAGAAUGUCUAGUUGAAAAGGUUAAUUGAAAAGCUGGUAUUCUGCUUAGCACAUCUCAACCGAUUUCUGAUAUUUUCCUGCUAUAUGUAUUAAUAUAUUCGGUUUUGUGACGAAGAUUUUGACUUUUGGUUUUCAGCAGCAAUUCAUUUUGUUAAUUAAAGUAUAUUUAUAUAAAUAAAAAAUAAGCAUUAGCACGUUAAUUUUUGUAUACAAAUAAUUUUUUUUUAUUAUUAUUAUAGUCAUGAAUUAUAGCUAUUAUUCUUGAGCACCCCGCUUCCCUCAAAAAUUCAACGAAACUUUUAUUACUGUUAAAUACGUUGUAUAAUUAUUUUAACAAAAAAAAAA